AUGAGCUUAAAAACCUUUACGCGUGAAGAAGUUAGUCGCCAUGCUUCCGAAAACGAUCUUUGGAUCAUUAUUGAUGCUUGUGUUUAUGACAUGAGCCGUUUUGUGGAUUUGCAUCCUGGUGGUGCUUAUCCCAUUCUCGAAUUUGCCGGUAAAGAUGCCACGGAAGACUUUUACGGUCUUCACAGACAAGAAGUGCUCGUGAAAUACGCUCGCUACAAGAUUGGCACCGUCGCCAAUGAAGAGCCCAAAUAUGAAAUUCGUCAAGCUGGUGCCCUUUCCAAGGUGCCUUACGCUGAAUCCAGUGCUUGGAUGGGCUUCAAGUCGCCCUAUUUCAAGGAAUCUCACUUCCGCUUCCGAGUGGCGGUCCGCGAAAUUCUGGAUGGCAUGGCUCUGGAAGCUCGUCGCUUUGAAGAUGAAGGUGUCAAGCCCACUGAUGAAUUCGUUCGCACCCUCGGUGAAGCUGGUAUUUUGGCCGCCAAUAUCGGUCCUGGACCUCACUUGAAGGGCAUCAAGUUGCCCGGCGAUGUCAAGCCCGAAGAAUACGAUUACUUCCACGAAAUGAUUGUUCACGAAGAGAUGGCUAGAUGGGGCGUGCGCGGUACUGAUGAUGGUCUUAUUGGCGGUAUGGUGAUUUCCCUUCCUACCGUUCUCAAUUUCGGUUCUGCUGCGCUCAAAGCCAAGAUUGUUCCUGAAGUGUUAUCUGGUAAGAAGCGAAUGUGCUUGGCCAUCACCGAACCUUAUGCUGGCUCCGAUGUGGCUCGCAUCCGCACCACCGCCACCCGCACUCCCGAUGGCAAAUACUACAUUGUGAAUGGUGUGAAGAAAUGGAUCACCACCGGACGUUGGGCCGAUUAUUUCUCGGUGGCUGUCAAGACCGACAAAGGCAUGUCGAUGCUUUUGAUUGAACGUGGUGAGGGCGUUGAAACCAAAGCUAUUAAGACUUCUUAUUCCCCAAGCGCCGGUACCGCUCUUGUGAUCUUUGAAAAUGUGAAAGUGCCUGUUGAAAACUUGUUGGGCAAGGAGAACCACGGUUUCCAAGUCGUGUUAUCCAACUUUAACCACGAACGUUGGGUGAUGCUUACCGGAGCCUCGAUGGGGGCUCGUUUAGCGGUUGAAGAAUGCUUCAAAUGGGCCAAUCAACGAAAGGUCUUUGGUAAGCGAUUGAUCGAUCAACCUGUGAUCCGCAACAAGUUGGCCAAGAUGGUGGCUUCCGUCGAAAGUGUCCACAACUGGAUCGAAAACAUUACGUAUCAGAUGUGCCACAUGGAUUACUUUGAGCAGGCGGAAAAAUUGGCGGGUCCUAUUGCAUUGUGCAAAUACCAAUCGACCCGCAUGUUGCAUGACGUUUCUGAUGAAGCAUGCCAAAUCUUUGGUGGAAGAGCUCUUACCAAGACCGGUAUGGGAAGAGUUAUUGAAACUAUGCAAAGAACCUACAAGUUCUCGGCUAUCCUUGGCGGUGCCGAAGAGAUCAUGGCCGAUCUUGGUAUUCGACAGGCCAUGAGAAAGUUCCCCAACGCCAGACUCUAA